CGGGAAGGAGAGAGCAGGGCAGGAGGUGGGUGUUCAGUGUAGGAGUAGAAUUACAACUACUAACACAGUAUUUGAAGCUUCUCAGUAAAGGAAACCCUUAUCCCGUCACUUCUGCACCUGCCCAGCAGCCACAAAGACCUCAGGAACUGAAAUGGCCUCCCCAUCUGUGACCACUCAGCCUCUUCCUUUUGGUCUGGAAAGGGAGAAACAUAUUGACAUGCUCUUCAGAGCUUUCCACAGGCAGAUUAGACCUACUACAGACACGCAGGACCUCACUCCUGUGCUCCGGGAUACUAGCAGGACAAGAGGACAGGACGGAGGACCUAGAUGGAAAGAGACAGACAAUGACAGUAAAAGACUGGGAAAACUGUCUGUUCUGAGAACAGUCACAAGACUUCAUAUUACUGCCAGACCAGAACUGCAAGGUCCACAGUGUGUAGCCCGGAGAACAUACAGCAUCUCCACUGAAACCGGGGACCAGCUCUUUGUGGCUGUGGAAGAGAGCGCAUGCAUGUGUAUGCAAUGCUGCGGUCCAGCUCGAGCCUGUUCACUACGAGGCUUUGAUAAGGAUGCAGAGUGCGUUUUCCUGUUUGAGAGGCCCCUGAGAGCAGAGAUUUGCUGGCUCGGUUGCUGCCUGAUGGAAAUAAGGGCCUACACACCAGAGAGAGAGCUUAUUGGGACAGUUCACCAAAGGUGGAGCAUGUUCACGCCGUAUUUCGAGGUCUGUGACUCCGAGGGCAUCUCAGCUGUGAGGAUCCAGGGCUCCUGUUGCAAUACACGCUGCCUCUCAGAGCAGGAGCUGCAGGUGGUUUCCAGUAUUGGUGAGAAUAUUGGGUGCAUAUGGAAAAGGUGGCCUGGAUAUAAUGAGGAAUGUAACAUGGAUCAUGAAUAUUUUGGACUGGAUGUACCUCAAGGAAUGAAAUUGAACACCAAAGUGCUGUUAAUAGCUGCUGUCUUCCUGCUGAAUCAUAUGUUUUUUGAGAUGAGCUAAGUAGGACAUGAAAGACAUCAGCUUCGCCUGCUAGCAUCAGCUCAGAAGUGAGGUGUGAAACCAACAAUAUAGAACUCUGGUGACAAGAUGGAACACUGCAUCAUGUUUCUAUGACAACUAUAAGGAACCGGCAUUGGUGAUGCUCUUCUGAGCUACCUACAUUUGAGCUGUUGUGAAGAUCAUGACUCUUCAUACAAAGCCACUCUACACCUGAACAUUUGCACACUAAAUUGAAGUACAUAUUUAACCUAUACAGCUUUAUCAUAUUUGAUACACAAAUUAGGCCACUAAACAAUUAACACAGUCAAAACCUGUGAUACACAAACUACUACAUGCCUUCUCUCAUUUAAUCUACAGUAUAGUUCAGACUUUUUUUAGCAAGUGAAAGGCCUAUCUAUCUAUCUAUCUAGGAAAGAAUACUUGUCCUCAAUCUCUCAAUCAUCAUUGUAUUACCUUGCAUCAUAUGUUUGUAAAAAACUAUAGAGCUUUGAUCAUAAAACUAAGAAUUAUUAACAUACUGUGAGAUAAAGAGUGAAAGCUUAUAUGUAUAUGCAGUAGUCUAUAAGUAGUCUACUAGAGUUU